AUGUCUUUCCGGGGCCGUGGUACGGGCGCCAAUCGUGGCGGUAGCUUUGGUGGUCGUGGUGAGAUGGGAACUGUCAUGCAUUCUUGCGAAGGCGAGAUGGUUUGCGAAUCGAUCAACCCCAAGAUUCCCUACUUCAACGCCCCCAUCUACCUCGAGAACAAAACCCCUAUCGGUAAGGUCGAUGAGGUUCUUGGCCCCAUCAACCAGGUCUACUUCACCGUGAAGCCUCAGGAAGGCAUUGUCGCGACUUCGUUCAAGGCUGGUGACAAGGUCUACAUCGGCGGCGACAAGCUUCUUCCUUUGGAGAAGAGCUGCCAAGCCCAAGAGAGCCGGCGAGGUCGUGGUGGUCCUCGUGGUGGUGGUCGCGGUGGCUUCUCCAGAGGUGGCGGUGGUGGUGGUUUCGGUGGUGGUCGCGGUGGUGGCCGUGGUGGUUUCUCCAGAGGCGGCGGUGGCGCCAUGUCUCGGAGGACAUCCACCAUGCCGUCGAAUACGUCUCAGAAUAGCGGUGUCCCACCUGCGGGUGAUGGAGGACAAGAAAAGCAAAAGAUGCUCCUUUCAGCAGAAACGGGUCAUUUUAGCAUGGUCAGAGCUUUACAUCUCGCCGAUCUUGUGACUGAACUGAAUGUGAUGUCUGUCUUUUCGUCAAUGCGCUACUGUCUCGGGGAUCCCACCGAUUAUUCCUCUCUCUGGGCUGCUCUUACGUUUAUGCCUUUUGGACUCUUCUUUGAUUUCAUGGAUGGCAAGAUCGCUAGAUGGAGAAAGAAGUCUUCUCUGAUGGGACAAGAGCUCGACUCCUUGGCGGAUCUGAUCUCCUUCGGAAUGGCACCCGCCGCUGCAGCGUUCGCCAUCGGCAUCCGCACCCCUGUCGACCACUUCUUCCUGACGUUCUUCGUUCUCUGCGGACUGACCCGAUUGGCGCGUUUCAACGUGACCGUUGCUGUUCUUCCCAAGGACAAGACCGGCAAGUCCAAGUAUUUCGAGGGCACGCCCAUCCCAACCACCCUAUCCAUCGCAGCAUUUAUGGCCUACUGUGUCUCUCAGGACUGGGUCCAGGACAAUCUACCAUUGGGCCUUGCGGGCGAAGGAACCGCGCUCGAGUUCCACCCCCUUGUGCUUCUUUUUGUGCUACAUGGCUGUCUAAUGGUCAGCAAGACGCUGCACAUCCCCAAGCCUUAG